GCCAUCUUUGCGCAAGCGCAAAUCGCCAUUUUUGUGAAUAUGGAUCAGGAAUAAUAAUACUACAGGAUUUAUUGUCAGCUGUAGUUUAUAUUUUUUCGGUUGUUUUAGGUUUCAUUUGGUAUAGUUUGUUUCCUCCACAAAUUUAAUUGGAAUGUUGUUUUUGAAGUACUGCGAUUUACAACUACCAUGGCAAAGACUAUACCAUAAAUCGCAUCUUAGAAUCCCUUAGCUUUGGAGGGCAGUGCAAUCAUGGCAGAUCCUGGCUUGUUUGCCCAUUUGCAAAACUGUUACCCUAAUGUUCCGAGUAUGGCUGUUAUCAAAGUCAUGAAAAGGUUUGAUAAUGACAAGGAUAAGUGUAUGAAGGCUCUAGAUGAUGAAAGGAAACAUUAUCCUGAGCCUGGUAGUAUAGCUGGCGCCGUCCCUGUGCAGGAAACACAGAACUCUAGUAAUAAUACUUUAAGAAGUCCCAGUGAGGGCAAGUCUAUUUUUACAAGGAUUCAAGAAUUGAAUGUGUCCCGAGAAGGAGGUGCUCAUUCCAAACCUUUAACCACUGAGAGACAUGUCACCACCAUUGAGAGGCCUAUUAUAAACACUAGAAAUAAUGACCCGAAACGACCAGUUGUUGUAUCAUUUACUUCCCAAACUGGGGAGAAAUCUUCAAAUGCUAUAGCCACUGUUCCACCUAAUAGGGCCUUUGGUGUCAGUAGCACAUCAACGCCACAGACAGCACCUGCUGAUUUCGCCCAGUUUAUGUUCAACCGCUCUCCUGGGGAUGUUCCAAAUAUAAAUUGCCAUGCUGGAAAAUCACGACAGGUACCUGUAAACUCAGUGUCCACCAGUAGCCCAGUUGAGCAGCGCCGACCAGUCAAGGUUAUCAACAUUCCUCCGGGGUCAUCGUCGGGAGGUUCUGUUUCACCGGCCGCGACCCCACCAAACCAUCGCCAGAUCCGCAUGCAUUUUGGAGACACUGGUGGCGUCUGCACUAUAUCAGCGCCCACCUCAACAAUGCAGCGCUACGGUUCUACCCCCAACGUAAGCCAACACUAUCGUACUGAAAUUCGCACUGAAACCUCCUCUGCUCAACCAGUGCACUCAUCCAGUAUCGUGGUGAACACUGCUAACCUUGGAAACCAUUUGACUCUAGAGAGGAAAAAUAAUGAUUCGCAGGACAGUGGUAGGCGCACCCCUGUUCCUCCGCUAAAUAUAAACGAAUUUCAAACCAAUAAUUUGUUUCAGGCCUCUAAGCCUUUAUCAACACCUGUUCAGGCUACCUCCCCAGGAAUAGCACAUUCUAAACCUGUGUUUGUGGAAGUGAAACGGGAUCCAUUUCCGGGUGUACCCCACAUAGGAAAUUUUGACACUUUUCAACCUGGAGUUUAUCCAACAACUGUGAGGGCUCCACCUUCCUAUAACAGCCCUGGAUAUAUGAACUACACUCAGUACAACUCUGAGUUUCCUAAUCCAACACACCAGGAGCUUUUCAACAAAGGCCCUGGUUACAGCAGCCCACCCACCAAUAUUUACCACCCGGGCUACACUGGCUACAACGCCUACAGUGCUUAUGAUCAGCAGGGGUACCCUAAUACGCCUGGGGGUCACCAUUCUGGCCAGGCACCAAACCACCUCUCUCAGUACACCCAUUACUCCCCCCAGAGUGGGUUUCAGCAUAUUUCCAAGAGCCCUGGCGGAGUUGUCUCCCAGCCCACAGUGGCAAGCAGGUCCAGCAGCCAAGAGAGUGACCACAGCGUGUCUAGUGAGUAUGAGAAUCGGAACCAUGGCUACAACAAUAUAGUUUCCAGUACCUCUAGUCACACCACUUCUGAUUUGGCUUCUAGCAGAGCUGACAAGGGCAUUAGAUCUCGCUCUGGUAGCAUACAAGAGGAUGCUGACUACAUUCAAGCUUUGCUCCAGCAUCAAAUAAUGCGUAAGAAAAAGCUUGAAGAUGAUAUGGAUCAGUACCGCUUGAUCUUGGAGAAACUGCGCUCGGAGGUGGGAGACAUGGAGAAAAAUAUGAUAGAGAACAAUAGUCUUAAUAAAAGUUUUCCAUCCGUUGAAGAUAUUUCUAAACUGUGUGAAAGUAAUCGACUGCUGCAGACAGACAUUCAAAUGUACAUGAAUGAAAUAGACAUGUACAAGAGUGGACAAGUUCCUGUUAGUAAGAUCAAUCCUCUUGACCAGCAAAACUUUUUUGCCAACAUGCCUACUGGACAGCAGGAUCCCAUCUACAACAAAUCCAGUGCUCAGAAUAAAUUAGGAGAACGAAGACCAGCUCCCCUACCUCCACCAAGACCGCCCCCACCUAUUCCGUCUAGACAGCCGUCGACAGAAAUGAAUCCUACAGUUGGAAUGGGGCCCAGCAGUGAUAUAUUUCGUGUCCCUCCUGUGCCCCCUACCCUGCAGCCUAUGGUGAACUCUGGUGAUUCAGAGGAAGGCGAGUCCUGGAACUGCACAUACUGCACUUUCUCCAACCACCCAGCCAUGAAGAAAUGUGAGGUCUGCGAGAUGCCCAGGAUGAACCUAGACUCCGUGGCUCGGCCUCCAGUUCCACCACACCAGCCCCUAGUGCCACUGCCACCAAGACUUGCCCCCUCGCAACCUCUAGGACAUCACCAUCGAGCGGGUACAUAGAACUUCGUUUUCCUCCUGGUUUUUAUGAUAUCUUCAUUGGCUGGGGGUACUGGGUGCGAGGAACCACUUCACCCGCAUGUUUCUUCACCUGCCUCGUCGUGUCUUUCAACUUGUUGUGCCUGCAGACAUUUCGGGACAUAGUUAUUGAUCCAACUGAAUGACAAGUCUGAACAAGCAUGCCUGGUUUGGGUUCAGGAAUGAUGUCCAACUCUUCCGCUGGAAUGUAUGUAUGGAUGUUGUCGUGUUUUUUUGUUGAGAACUAACAAACGCUUGAAUGAGCAUUGAACUAUGUGGCCAUAAAGAAGUGUAAACCUGUGUGAGACGUCAACCAUCUGUUGUUAGAUUUAAAUAGUACCUGAAACAUUGUUUAAGUUAAGGUUAUGCUAAACAAAAUUCUUUGAUUGUCUUCUUCACUAGAAUCCAUUAUUUGUUUAGUUGAUUGAAUGCUUUAAGUCUUUUAAAAAAAAAAUGAAAUGAAAUAUGAUAAUCAUCUUGAGUUUAACUCUUUCUCUCCGUAAUUAAUUUCCUUGCUCCGAUAGAAUAAUUAAUUUCGCUCAUUUGUGUUUCGCUAUCCUGUUCUGAUUAAACGGCAAUAACUUUUUUGUCUGUUUAUCAGAAAAUGUUUUUAUUUGGUAUCAAAUUACAGGGGAAUGCAUGCUCUUUUUACACAACACAUAAAAUUCAAAAAUCAAUUUAGUUUAGUGGGGUCAAAUCAACGUUGGCAUCGUCAAUUAGGAGAGAAAGAGUUAAUAUCCCUGGCAUCUUUUACCAGAGUCAAGAAUUUCCAGGAUGUAACUAGGGUGGCUAUGUUUUCAGAUUUUAAAUGUUUGAUGUCAGCAACUACAAUGUGGAUGGAUAAGUGUGUGGGGUGCAAAGCUCAUGCUUCUGUCUUUUUAUCCUGACGUUGAGUUCUGAUUAAAAAAAAAAAUUCAAAUUGUGUAAAAUUCUGCAAUGUUGCUAUGACAACAACUAAACUUUCUUACUGGUCUUAGUUUUAUUUAUUUAUUUAUUUUUUUCAUAGGCCCCGCCCUCUCUCUGUAUAUAUUUAUAUGGAAAGAUAAAAGAUUAUAUUUUGUCCUUGGUUAAGACAAAUUGGAAAUUCAUUGUUGAUUAGACAGACGCUUGUCCCCCCAGUCUUAACAAAAAAAAUGUUCCUUUGUUUUAGUUUCAGAUAUAAAUAGAGGAGACUUGUUUCUCUCUGAAUCAUCCUUUUAAAAAAGAGCAAUUCUAAAUGGAUCAACCUUCUUAUAGUCAAUGUUAAGUCACAUGCUUUUAAAUCAAAACUUUUCUCAUUCUGAAACUGCCAUUUUGUUUGCGCAGGGUUUCAAAGUGAAACAAAAUGAUGGGCUGGUAACUCUUUAAGUGUUACUUCUAGUAAAUGUUACUAUAGAAAAAAGCAUCUGCAAGGUGUAUAGCUAGCAAUUAAGUUUUAAGUUGUUUUUUUUGUUUUAGUUAUUUUACCCAUUACUUUUAUUUUUAGUGAAUAUAUUGAAUGAAAAGAACAAUUUUUAAUGGUUUAAAAAAAAUUGUUCCUAAUAAUAGCCAUUUAAAACAAUGUAUUUAUUGUGUGUAUGGGCUAGGCAUGCAAGCUAUUCGUCUGUAAAACAUAACUAACUUUUUAAUGCUAGAAACAAAAUGAAAAUGUUUCUGUUUUUUUAUGAAAAAAAUGUUUUAAAAAAGUGUCUUAGAACUUAGACAAAUAAUUCCAAAUAUAUAUAAAGUUUUAUAUGCCAGCUCCGUGCUUCACUAGUGUUUACAUUGGUGUUUUGUUUGGAUUCUAAAUCCCAUUAAAAACUCUGCUAACAUAAUGUCAUCAUUACUCAACAUUUGGAUUUUAUCUUAUCUGAAACACAGACAGAAAUUUAUUAUGUGUUCAUAUUUGGCUGUUAUAUUUCUGUGUUUUUUUAUUUGCUUUAAUUCUGUGUUCACUUUGGUUUGUCUACUGUGCCAUACAUUCAGCAGCCCCCUUCCAGUGAUAUCUUCUUGGUUCUCUUUCUACACAUGCAGCACUACUUCAACAAGCACUGGAUAGUUUUUUGUCUUUUUGAUUCAUUUUUAUGAUCCUAAAUCAAUGGGGGGCCUGAUCACUGACAUUGUUUGACCCCCAAAAUCCAUCUAAAUUUCCCAAACCUGUGCCACAGGCCUCAAUCACCCUCAAAAUGUGUACACUGUACCCUCUCCUCUAUGGCUUCCAUCGACAUUUUGACAGGAAGUUUCGUGGGCUUGAUAAUUUACUUCACCUGUGGGCCAUAGUUUGAACAUCAUUGUCUAAAAUGAAUUCACACAAUUUUUUAAAGAAGUUACGAGGCAGUUAAGGAGUCAGCGCACCCUUUCCUAUUAUUACCAUCAGUUAUAUUAAUUUCAAAAGGAAUGAAAUAGGUUUUAUUUGAUCAAAAGUACAUCUUUUUUUUUUUUUUUUAUAAGUUAAAAGAUGUUAAUAUUCAAAGUGAACUUUUUUAUUCUUAUGUUCAUAUCCAGGUUGUUUUUUUAUUUCUUAUAUAACAGUUUUGGAAGAUUGAGUGAAGAAGUACUGUGGAAGAUUGAGUGAAGAAGUACUGUGGAAGAUUGAGUGAAAAAGUACUAUAUUAGUGAAGACAUACUGUAUUCUUGUUUGUCCAUAUUCAAUUUGUUAGUUCCUAUUUGUUCAUGUAUAUAUUAUUGUAUAUGCCAAAGUUUUUCUGCAAGGACAAAAAUAUAUGUAUGUAUCAGAUCUCUGAACUCUGCUGUGCAACUGGUAUGCAAGUAUAUCACCAACUUUCUGAACAUUGACCUGUAUAUUUUGCUUGGUGAGUUUGUCAUUUGUGGGGCGGGUCUGCUGCAUUGAUUAAAUUUGCCAAAAUCUGUCCUGUGUAGUGCAUCGUUGAAGUGAUUUUACCUGGCAUAAUGCUGUCAUUGAACAUAGUCUAUCAUUUUGUGUGUUCAGUGGAAUUAAUCAAGAAAUGUAUUUCUCUGUUUUCUACGUCUGCUUCAUGCUCCUUGGUCAAUUAAAAAAUUGGAAUGCAAUUUGUUCAGUUAACUCGUUCUCUCUGUAAUUAUUUACCACAUUCUGGUGGAAUCAACACUGGUAUCGUCAGUUAGGAAAGAAAGAGUUAAUAAAAACCAAUAUACAUAUGGGAUUUCAUCCAAUGAUUAUACCAUUCAAUUCAAAACUGGGCUUUACUAGGAGCAGGCCAAUUUGUGUUUCUUAAACUUCAAUUUGGUCAGUCAUGAAUUAGUUUUUGUACCAUUGCCUUAAAAUUAUUCAAGUUGUUAUUUUAGCAAAAAAGAAAAAAAAAAACAACAACUUACAAAGUUUUCAAGUGGUCCCACCACAUUACAGGAGGCACGGUAGCUGAGUGGUAAAGCGCUUGGCUUUCGAACUGGUGUCCCGGGUUUGAAUCCUGAGGACCGGGAUUUUAGUUUUGGGAUCUUAAGGCGCCUCUGAGCCCACCCAGCUCCAAUGGGUACCUGACAUUAGUUGGGGAAAAUAAUCGCGGUUGGUCGUUGUGCUGGCCACAUGACUUCCUCGCUAACUGUGGGCCACAAAAAACAGAUGACCUUUACAUCAUCUGCCCUAUUGAUCAUAAGGUCUGAAAUGGGAACUUUACUUUGUACCAGACUACAUUGGUUUGUUUUGCACUUAACUUUGUAUGGUAAAACUUGGUUGCAUACAUCUGUCGUACAGUGUAAUUUGUUAGAGCCUCUCUUUUCAAGCUACUGCCUUCACUGCUUGGUGUUUUUUUUGUUGCUUGUAUAACCAACCAUCCUUCGACACUAGUUAUUUAAAGUAGCUUUUUUUUUUUUGUCUAUUAAAACUCUCUUACACUGUAUCUUAUGGUGGUGGCUUUGUACUGUUUAGAUAGUAGAGCUGUGAUCAAUCAAAGAGAAUAAAUAAAAAAAAGGUUUAACUGUUACACAGAAGAGAAACUAAAUACAAGACCAAAUCUAGUUUUAAUUUUUGAACUUAAUCCUGUUCACAUUUCUUUUUUUUUUAUUUUAACCAGCUUUAGUUUUGAUUUCUCAACUCUAACAAGAUUUUAUUUUUUGCUUUCAAAUGUCACUUUUUUUGUAAUCCUAAUUUGAACUAUGAAAAUGUAGACUGAUCAAUUAUAGUUUCAUUGAAACUCCUGAUUGGAUUCAAGAUUUUUAGCUUGCUCUUUUUACUUUUUGAUUCGUUUCCUUUUUUAACUGUCUUUUUUUUUUAAUCCUCAUUAACGUUAUUUAUGUUUCUAUUACUACACAAACUCUAUCUCUAUAUGUUUCUGUUACUACACAAACUCUAUCUCUAUAUGUUUCUGUUACUACACAAACUCUAUCUCUAUUUGAUCAGCAUUCUUCUCAUGUACUUACAUGUUAGAUUUUUAAACAUGGCUUUGAAUGGGGUGUAGUAGUUACAACAGUACAGCUCAUAGGUUCACACCUGUAGCCAUAUCAAAAAUAAAAAGACAUAGUCAAGGCAGAUCUUAUUAAUCAUUGUUACCAUAAUAAAUCAAACUCUUGCACAUCUUGUCGACUUAGCACAUGAAACAUGUCAUGAGAGUAGCUACAACUAAGAUGGUAAUGUUGAGCAUUCUUAUUCUAAAAAUGUGCUCAUUCAUGAGUUUCCUGUAUCUCCUGGGAAUGAAACAACCACCAUUUUUUUAAAGAUGAUUCCAUCACUUUGUACUGUUUUUUGUAUGUGAGCCAUUCUUUCUUGUGACUGCUGGAUCAGGUUUGGUUUUUUUUUUUUUUUUACACUUUUUGAACUUGUUAUGGCGAUUAAGUUUUUCUUGUUAGAUUGUUUCUAGAAUUUCUAUCAAAAAUAUUUUGAACAGUGUUUGAAUAUAGUAGCCGAGGCAGUUGUGUAAAUAUUCAAAAUUUUUCUGACAAAUUUUGCUAAUAAAUGUAAUGAAUGUUGUAUCCUAGACUUUCAUUAGUCUAGUUGAACUCUAAGUAAGUUACACAUCCAUGCUGAUAGCCAUUGUUUGUACGUGGGGGUAUACAACACAAAAACACAUCCAUGCUGAUAGCCAUUGUUUGUAUGCUCUACUACAGUAUUCAAUCAAGAGGUUGGUCCUUGUUGCAUUACUUUGUUACCAUUGCUUCUCCGUGUUUUGUAUAAACUGUAGCCAUAAAAGACUGGUUCAAUGAAGGUCUGUAAAUAGUUGUUUUACAAAUAUAAAUCAAUGUUAUAACUAUCUGUAUAUAAUUAGGACAUGCCAGUUCAUAAUUAUUUAUAGAGUUUUAAAUUUAUCGGUUUAAAAACAAACAAUUUUGUUCUCUUCAUAUUGUGACUUGACUGAAUGGCCCCUUGUGUGCCUAGAAAAUUCUAGAAUAUUAUUGGAGUUGAAUAACGUUUUGAUUCUAAUCACAAGUCAAUUUGAUGUCUGUGUCGUUUUCAUUGUAAAAUUAUUUUGUUCAAGCUUUGUUACAUUUGCUGUUGAUGUCCAUGAGCCACAUCACAUCUUAUGAGAUACACGAUGAAGGCUAUUAAGUGGUCUUUGAAAGAUUUCUAAAAUUUUUUUGUUUAACAUGUGCUCAAUAUUUUUUGUCGUUUAUACACGUCUUAGAUCACUUCGGUCUGUCACUUUGGGGGUCAAAGGUCAUGGCUGAAUGUUUUGUCUCACUUGUAAAUGUGCACCGCUUAUUGUUGCAGUCUAAAGACUUUGGCCCUGAAAGAAAAUGUUUAGUUAUAAAGCAAGUGCACAUGUUUUUAAAACAUUGAAGGGGAAACUCUUUUGUCUGAAGAAAGCAGUCAAUGGUUUCUCUUUGACCAAAGAAAGACAUAUAGACCCUAAUUAUAUUUAUGAACUGAACUGGUUGAACACAAUUCAUCAGACUUAAUGGAAUGAACAAAAAAAAGCAAAUGUUCAGAUGUGAACAGACUACUUUGAAGAGAUUUAAUUUUGUCUUUAUUUAUUAGCCACGCUCUUGUUUUGUGUUUCUGUACCUACAAAGGAUGUCCACUGUUCGACAUUAUCACCAAGCUAUUUUAUUUCAAGAAAAAGAUUUGAUGUCAUACGUGUACUAUUUUAAUUUCAUGUAAUCUGACCACAUUAUGGAAAUGGUUGAGUGACUUUCCCAAUAGAAUGAAUAUGUGCAUAUAAAUAGUGUUCAGGUCUUGUUUUGAUAUGUCAGUGCAGACCUAAAGCUUUAUCUGUUUGGUUAGGGGGUUUGGACUCAUCCUUGCUUUGUAUUCAUUGCUCCCCUCACGUUUAGUGCUGGAACACUGCGGGGCCUGUUGAUGGUUUCCACUAGAUCAUGUAUAUGGCCCACUAGCCUGAAGUCUACAAUAGAAUUUAUUGCAUGCAUUUGUUGUACAGUAGAAACUUAAAGCGACUUGUACAUGCAUGACCUACGAGAAAUGUUUCUUUAAUAUAUUCUCUAUAAGCAAUGUGACGAUUAUGUUGAAAAUUAUUGAAUGGGUGAUAUCUGUAUAAAGAAUUUUAAACAAAUCAAUAAAACUGGCUACACAAAUUGG